AUGGAAGAUAAGAAUCUGACAGCGGUGACCGAAUUUCUCUUUUUGGGUCUCACAGAUCAGCUCCAGCAGCAAAUUGUCCUCUUUCUCAUGUUUCUCUUUAUCUAUCUUGUCACCCUCUGGGGUAAUUUGGGGAUGAUCACCCUCAUAUGGACCAAUCCCAGACUCCACACUCCUAUGUACUUUUUUCUUAGCCACUUGUCUUUUGUAGAUAUCUGUAUGUCUUCUUCCAUUGCCCCCAAGAUGCUGUGUGAUGUCUUUGAGGAGAAAAAGAGCAUUUCUUUCAUGGGAUGUGCAGCACAGUUGUGGUUCUUUGGUCUCUUUGUGGCAACUGAGUGUUUCCUUUUGGCUUCCAUGGCCUAUGAUCGGUAUAUGGCCAUCUGCAAGCCCUUGCUGUAUUCGCUCAUGAUGUCUCAGAGGGUCUGUGUGCAGCUAGUGGUAGGACCCUAUAUCAUGGCUUUUAUAAGUACCACAACUCACACAGUUCUAGCUUUUGGCUUGCCCUUUUGUGGUCCAAAUAUUAUCAAUCACUUUUUCUGUGAUAUUUCACCAUUGCUUUCCCUAGCAUGUGCAGAUACCUGGGUCAAUAAGUUGGUGCUCUUCGUCUUGGCUGGAUCUAUAGGUGUACUUAGUGGCCUGAUUAUCACGUUGUCCUAUAUUUGCAUUCUAAUGGCCAUCCUGAGGAUACAGACAGCCGAUGGGAGACGCAAAGCUUUCUCCACGUGUUCGUCUCACCUGGCAGUUGUCUCCAUACUCUAUGGAACUCUUUUCUUUAUCUAUGUACGUCCUGGUUCAACUUCCUCUGUGGAUAUCAAUAAAGUGAUUUCUCUGUUUUAUACCGUGGUGAUCCCCAUGUUGAACCCCCUCAUUUACAGUUUGAGGAACAAGGAAGUGAAAGACACAUUCAGGAAGAUGUUUGAAAGGAAAAGUUCUCUAGUAGGUAGAUGA